AUGCAGACUGCUUCUACAAGCAUUUGUGAAAGAAUGGGUCGCUCUCAGGAGUUCCGUCAAUUCAAGCGUGGUACCGUGAUAGGUUGCCACCUGUGCAAUAAGUCUAUCUGUGAAAUUUCCUUGAUACUAAAUAUUCCAUUGUCAACUGUUAGUGGUAUUAUAACAAAGUGGAAGCAACUGGGAACAACAGCAACUCAGCCACCAAGUGGGCGGGGUCAGCACAUGCUGAAGCGCACAGUGCGCAGAAGUCGCCAGCUGUCUGCAGAGUCAAUAGCUAAAGACUUUCAAACUUCACGUGGCCUUCAGAUUAGCACAAUGACAGUGCGCAGAGAGCUGCAAGGAAUGGGUUUCCAUGGCCAA